ACGGCCGCCUCCGCUACUGCAGCUGCAGCCCUCGAUGUCGCCACAGUGAUCUCAGCCGUGGCACCACCCGCACCCUCGCCGGCCGCAGCCUCAGCACCGCAGAGCCGAGCCCGGAGCCCGCAGCCCCGCAGGAUGGCUUUAGCUCCUCCAAGUUACUGUUUUGUGGCCUUCCCACCACGUGCGAAGGACGGUCUGGUGGUAUUUGGGAAAAAUUCAGCUCGGCCCAGGGAUGAAGUGCAAGAGAUUGUGUAUUUCUCGGCAGCUGAUCAUGAACCCGAGAGCAAGGCUGAGUGCACUUACAUUUCAAUCGACCAAGUUCCCAGGACCCAUGCCAUCGUGAUAAGCAGACCUGCCUGGCUUUGGGGGGCAGAAAUGGGAGCCAAUGAACAUGGAGUGUGCAUAGCCAAUGAAGCCAUCAAUGCCAGAGAACCAGCCGCUGAAACGGAAGCCUUACUGGGGAUGGAUCUGGUCAGGCUUGGUUUAGAGAGAGGGGCAACCGCUAAAGAAGCCUUAGAUGUCAUCGUCGCCUUGUUGGAAGAACAUGGACAAGGCGGGAAUUAUUAUGAAGAUGCAAACUCCUACCACAGCUUCCAAAGUGCAUAUCUGAUCGUGGACAGUGGGGAAGCCUGGGUGCUGGAGACCGUGGGGAAGUACUGGGCUGCGGAGAGAAUCACAGAGGGAGUCAAGUGCAUUUGCAAUCAGCUUUCGCUCACGACUAAGAUCGACGCAGAGCAUCCUGAACUCAGGAGUUACGCACAGAGUCAAGGCUGGUGGACGGGAGAGGACGAGUUCAAUUUUUCUGAAGUUUUUUCUCCAGCUGAUGACCAUCUAGCCUGCUGUUCAGGCAAAGACAGCUUAGAAAAGCAAGAAGAAAGCAUCACUGUGCAGACUAUGAUUGACAUCUUACGGGACAAAGCCAGUGGAGUCUGUAUAGACUCCGAGUCUUUCCUUACCACAGCCAGUGUAGUGUCUGUCCUGCCUCAGAACAGAAGCUCGCCAUGCAUUCAUUACUUCACUGGGACCCCAGAUCCUUCCAGGUCCAUAUUCAAGCCUUUCAUCUUUGUCGACGAUGUAAAACUCGUCCCCAAAGCACAGUCUCCCUGUUUCGGAGACGACGACCCUGCCAAAAAGGAGCCUCGGUUCCAGGAGAAGCCAGACCGCCGCCACGAGCUGUACAAGGCCCACGAGUGGGCCCGGGCGGUCCUGGAGAGUGACGAGGAGCAAGGUCAAAAGCUGAGGAAGACGAUGCUGGAACUAGAGAAGCAAGGCCUGGAAGCCAUGGAGGAAAUCCUGACCAGCAAUGACCCCCUGGACCCCACCGAAGUGGGAGAUCUCUUCUAUGACUGUGUUGACACGGAGAUUAAGUUCUUUAAGUGAAGCCUGCUGAUUGAGGCUAUAUGCAAUCGGAGUGGUGCAACCAUUGCUUCUGCAAACUGAGAUAUCUCCCCGUCUACUGUCCUUCCUUUGCACUGAUGGAUUGCUUGGCAUCUCAGUGAAGUCAACCCCUCACCCCAAGGAAGGGGCUCCAGUCCUGCUUGGGGAAAGGCCAUUUAAAGACCACCAGGCUACUGGCACCAGUGAUGGCAGCCAUUCUUCUUCCAGGCUGAAGUCUGUUCAGAUGAUGAAGCAUCUAGAAGUCACAAGACUCUUUAAGGAACAGAAUAUCAAUGAAGUCAACAAAAACUAACUGCCUUUGAUGUGCCAGCUACUACUCUGAUCUCUAAGACAUUUAAUUCCAUCUUAAGAACCAAUAAUACUUGGUAUUAUUGGCAGAAAAUAUGACUACAUUACAUGAAUGUAAGACAGUAAAAAACUAACACGUAAACUACGUUUUUAAAAUUCUACUAAUCUUUGGUACUUAUUCUGUUCAUUUUGAGUAACAACACUAUCAAAGGGAUGGUUUUCAAGAUAAAGAACAUUGGACGAAACACAGAAUUUAAACCUUGAUGAAAAAUCAGCUGUUGAU